UCUGGGAACUGCAAGAACUUGCAGAAGGAGAAGCUGCCUGAAAACCUGCUGUCGGACCUGAGCCUGCAGAGCCUGACGGCACUCACCUCCCAGGUGGAGAACAUCUCCAACACCGUCCAGCAGCUGCUGCUCUCCAAAGCUGCCGUGCCCCAGAAAAAAGGCAUCAAGACCCCAGCGAGGACCCCAGAGCAGCUCAAGGGGCAGCACUGCAGCCCUGAGAGCAGCACCUACUCGGCAGAGCAAGUGGGGACCCCGCUGUCCGACCCGCUGAGCACCCCACAGUCCGUCCAUGCCGAGACAGGAUGCCGACUAUCUCAGCCGGUCCAGGAUGCCGACUAUCUCAGCGGGUCAGAGGACCAGCUGGAGAGGAGUUUCCUGUACUGCAGCCAGAACCGCAGCCCUGCCCGUGUCAACAGCAACUCCAAGGCAAAGCCCGAGUCGGUGUCCACCUGCUCUGUGACCUCUCCAGAUGACAUGUCCACCAAAUCAGAUGACUCCUUCCAGAGCAUCCACGCCAGCCUGCCCCUGGAGACCUUCACCAAGUAUGUCACCAAUGAACGGGACUGUCCCCGACUGCUCCUGAGCGCCCUGUCCCAGGAGGAGCUGGCUUCUGAGAUCAUCGUCCUGCAGGACGCCAUCAACGAGAAGGCAGACAAAGCCUGGGCCAACUCACCCAUGCUGAGCAAGGAGGCCACCAAGUCCCCCUUCCAGCUGGAGAACCACCGGCCCUGCCUGGACUCUAUGGUGAAGGGUGCCUGGCCCAGCCAGGGUGACUCCAGCACGCUCACUGAGCCCCUCAAGCUGGACAAGGCUUCGGGGGCCAGCACAGGGAAGGACUUUAGUGAGGAGGUGUAUGAGGGUCCCCAGGUGGAGUUCACAGCUGCCGAAACCAAGGAUGCACUGAAGGACGCUGCUCCUCUGGCCUUCAACUCCAAACCCAGCAUCCCAGCAGCGACAUCGAGCGCAGGGGCCACCAGCUACAGCUGCUACUCGAACACCACCGCCAACUCGGUGGGGUCUGAAAAUGCCAUGGAGCACUUUGAGUGGCCGGAGGAGAGCCUGGGCGAGGCGUGCCUGCGGUGGAAGGAGCUGCAAGCCACCGACCUCCCCAAGGGCUUGUUCCCCAGCAAAUCAGUGGGCUCCUGCAAGGAGAAAAAAAAUGCCUGCAGCUUGGAUCUGUGUGACGGCGAACAGCCGGCCAAGAGCGAGCCAGCCCGGGACUUUGAACAGCAGGCGAUGGAAGAGGAGGAGGAGGAGACGCUGACCUACGAUGAAGCAGCAAAGGCAGACAGUGAGAGGUGGCUGCAGGACACCCGGCACUGCUGCUCAACCGGGGACUUCAGUGAGAUCCCCAUCAUCUCCUCGCCGGAGCUGAAGGAGUCAGACCUGGAGGCAGAGGAGUACUCCUCGCUCUGCGAGCUGGCCGGCUCAGAGCAGAAGUUGGUGACGUACGAUGCCUUGUCACCCAAGCCCCCAGAAAUG